AUGAUUGUGGUUCUCUUGGAUUUGAUUGAUUGUGAUAAAGUACAAAUAAAUGGUAAUAUAGAAAUAUUGAAAGAUAAUCUGGAUGCAUAUCUUGUUCAAAUACCAAUAUUUGAUAUUGAACAAUUAAAUAAACCACCGACAAAAAAAUUUGCAUUAAAAUCAAAUUAUAUUGCAGCAGCAGCUAGUGAUCGAUUUAUUCUUGCCUAUGAUCAUCCAUCAUUAGUUUUAUUUAAUUCUGAUACAGAAUUAAAUCGUGUUAAAUUAAAUAAUAAUGAAGCUGAAGUUUAUGAUAUAUGUUGGUCAGAAACAUUAUGUGCAUUUCUUAUUCUAAGUCUUCGUUCAUUAUAUAUGUAUGAUCCAUUAUCAUCAGGAUUAAAACAAAUUGAACAAAUAAAACUUGCUGAAGGUGAAAAUAUUUGGUCAAUAACAGCCUAUCAAAAUGAUUUAUUUAUUUCUUAUUUAUCAGGUGAUUAUAUAAUUGAAUGUCGAUCAUUACCAUCAUGGAAAAUAUUAAAACGAUGGAAAAAACAUGAUAUUUGUGAUAAAGAUGAUGUUUAUAUUCAUUGUAUUCGUACGAAUGAUAUUUAUUUGGGAAUGACAAUUAAACAAGGAAAUAAAACAUGGAAAUUUGGUAUAUUUGAUCAUCAAAUGACAAAAAUACGUCAGUUACAAAUUGAUAAACAAAUUGAUCAUAUAAAUACGUGUAUGUUAACACCAAUUUCAAAUCAAAAAUGGUUAACAAUUAAUAGUAGUUUAAAAAAAAUUUCAUUUAUAGAUGAGAGUACUAAUCAAAUUAAACAAAUUAAUAAAAAUGUAAAUAUUGGCUUUUAUUUUGGUAAACAAUUAUUUGUUUUACGAACAACAGAUGGUCUAGAAUUUUAUGAAUUAUAA